CAGGCCCGUCGCGCUGCCCGUCGCCCCGCGGACGACGUCCCGGAGGUUCCGAAUUGCCAAGACAUGCAUCCGGGGAUCCAGGACGCGGUGGCGGAGAAGGCCAGCCGCGUGCACAGCAGCCCCCGGUCGGACGGGCUCGAGAAGGCCGGCGGGAGGGUCUCGUACUCCGUCCACAGGCCGUCGUCAGAGUUGAUAGAGGACCUGGACCGGAGGGUAUCUCUCUACAGGAGCGAAAGCUUUCGGUCGGUUGGGCUCGAGGCGCUGCGCCAAGCGUCCGAUCGCAUGGAGGAGCGCGUGGUCGAAGAACCGCAGGCGGCGCUCCACCGGGCGGAGAAGGGGUCCCAGGAGGGCGCGCACGGGCACGCCGAGAAGGCACACAGCCUGCUCACGGCGUGCGUCUCGGGGCUCAUCAAUUUCCUCCUGAUGUUCGGGAUGUGCUGCGCCUUCGGGAUGAUCAUGUUCGACGAGGUGAACGCGAGGUGGCAGCCGCUCGGCGUCAAGAUGUGCCUGGCCACGUCGGCGCUCUGCGGUCUGAUUGUGGCCGCCUUCUCCAGGAUCCCCGUCGCGAUCGCCGGGCCCGACCUCAACCCGAUCGUGUUCCUCGGCGCCUUCGUUGCAACCCUGGCGCCGGCCAUCGCCGCGAGUGUCGGGCUGAGCUAUCCGGGCCAGGACGAGUUCACUUGUGGCAGGAGACUGGAGGAAGACCCUUUCGACCUUACCGCGGCCGCGCAGGCAUUCGGUGCACGCAUGCUGGGUGGAGCUGGUGGUUCUUCGUGCUCCGGCCCGGGAGACACCUUCUGUAAGGAGGGCUCAGAUUCGUACGAUGCUGCAGCGUGCAGCGAGUAUAACCAGCAGCUGGUGACCACGACGAUCUUCGCGGUGGCCUUCUCGUCAGCACUUUUCGGGCUGUUUCUCUUUCUGGCUGGGCGCUUCAGCCUUACCCGGUACGUGAAUUUUGUGCCGAGCAGUAUUUCCGAGGCUUUUCUGUCUUGUGUUGGUUACAAGGUGUUCGCGUACGCCUUGAAGUUUUGCCACUACGACCCUAAGCAGUUUCUUCCCGCGGGUAUCAUCGGUGUCUUGCUCUAUUUUAUCAAGGCCCUGCACGUUGGCAAUCCAGCGGUUAUGAUACCAGCGAUCUUGAUGAUACCCCUCAUCAUUUUUCACGUGCUCGUCGCCAGCGGCGUGUUGUACGACGACCUCGAUCAUGCCAGAGCGGAGGGUAUCAUGUUCCCUCACGUGGGCAACUGCGAUUUUUGGACCGUCUGGACGGAGGGCAUUUCUGAUGGCAGCGAGUGGAAAUUCCAGCACAUCAACUUCAAAGCCUGGACGAAGACAAUUCCGGAUUUGGUCACCAUGAUCAUCGUCGUAAUGAUGGAUUGCCUUUUGAAGAUAAAGAACACAGAGAACAAGCUGCCCAUCGUUCCGGAAUCGACAUACGAGAGUCAAUUGUUCGGCAUCUGCAAUGCCAUGAUGUUCGCUUGCGGCUCUCCCUGCGGUUACAUGCAGCUGAAAUUCAACGUGAUAAAUUUCGGGAUCAUGGGAAAUUCGACGGACAGGCGCGGAGGGAUGAUCUACGCCGCCUUGUGUGCGGUGUGCUUCUUCGGGACGACUGCCCCGUUCAAUUACUUGCCUAGAUUCUUCCUCAGCAUGCUUCUUUUUUUCGCGGGCGCUGGUUUUGUGGCGGAGAAUUUGUAUGGCUCGAGCAAGUACAUGUCUUUCAAGGAGUGGCUGGAGGUAGUGGGGAUCCUGUUUGUUUUCAUCAUUAGUGGGCAGCUCAUCUAUGCCGUGGCUGUGGGAGUGCUCUUCACAGCCGUAUUUUUCUGCCUGAAAUAUGCAAGAAUCCCAGUGCUGGCAAGGACGCCCGAGAGAGGUGGGAGCAUAACCUCGUACGCACGGCGUGAUCCGUUGAUUCGAGUAGCUGUCAAGCACAUCGCGGAUGCAUGGUUUUUUGUGGUGCCUGUGAAGGGGUAUGUUUUCUUCGCAUCGGCGAAGACGUUGAUAGAAAUGGUAAAGUCAUGCCUGCACAGUAAGAGCACCUUGACAGUCUC